UGCAGGAAGACCGUCAUGGCUGCUGGGAGCGGGUACUGGGUAGACAGAUCGAUAGCGGAGCGUCGUAGCGGUGCGGUGCGGCAUUCGCGCUCCGCACCGAGCCGUUGCCGCACGCUCCACGCCCAUCCCGACCGUCGAAGCAGCCGUACCGAUAUGGAGCACUUGCGCUGCUGGUGGCUGUUUGGGGGUCUGCUGCUGCUGUCGCUGGCGCUGGCCGCCGCCGACGAGCCCUGGGAGGAGGACGCGCGCGAAGUGAGAGUGCGCAGCGAGCGAGGCGCCAAAAACAGAGAAAUAUGCCGCUACGUGCGCGGCGCCUGGUCAGAAUGCGACCCCAAGACGAACAUUCGCUCUCGGACCCUCACCCUGAAGCGAGGGGACCCCACCAGCUGCGAGAGCGCCAAGACCAUUCAGAAAAAGUGUAAAAAAGCUUGCCGUUAUGAGAAGUCCUCUUGGAGCGAAUGCAGCCCCAACGGUGAGAUGUCGCGGACGGACAUGCUGAAGGCCAACAGCGACCCCACCUGCGACCAGAGCAGACGCCUCACCAAGAAGUGCAACAAGAACAAACAAGUCAAAGCCACUAAAGACAAGGGUCGCCGGAAUCGUCAGUAAAGAACAAAAGAUAAAUUUUAGUGAAAUAAAAUUUUCAAUGUAAAAUUAAGUAAAACUAAUAAUGGUGUUUGUUCGUUGGUUCUAAUUUAUAUGUAAUAGUGCCAAAAAAUAGUGUCAAAUAAACGUUUUUUUCUACA